CAUCGAACGCAGCAAGACGCUUAUCGCCGUUCGCGCUGCACCUAAACUAGUGUGCUUUUCGUCAUCCUGCGGAGAAAUUCGUCGUCGUCGUGGUGGUGGUGGUGGUGGGUCCAAGAUCCGAGGAUCAGAGAGCUUUUCCCGACCCUACCCCCCCCUCGCACCCUGACCAGAAAAAGGGCGCCACGGUGUUAUCAGCGACUUUGCGUGUGUGUGAGUGUGUGUGUUGUUCAGUGAUUAGGAGCAGAUUUUCCGGAGCAGGUCGUCAGUGCUUGAAGGACUCCCGGAUUGAGCGGUCGAAGCAGCUCUCGGAAGACACACACACACAUGUGUUUUAAACUAAAGUCCGACGAAGAUUCGUUUCCUCUGUUUUUUCGUGUUGGGAAAAAUUAAUGCUAAUCCACCAGACGCGAACAGCGGCUUAAGCCGAAUUCAGCAAAGCCGGAGGUGAACUAUAGCAAGUCACUUAGGAAGCAAAAAGCAGUGAAAUACAUCGAGAUCGAGAAACGGAAAGACAAAAGUCGACUGCCGAGAACGUGAUAAAUUUGUUUUUGUGUUAAUUUUUAAUCUGAUUACCGAAAGGGUUAAUUAAGGCAGCGUUAGCGGAGUUGGUUCGUGGGCAGAACAAACACAAAAACUCAACAAGAACAACAAAGUUUACCGAAGAAAAUUAAUAAAGUGAAUGUUUAAAUAAAAGUAUCUCACGAAAAAGAAAAUUAUGCAACCUGUGCGGUGCAAUGUGUCGUCGAGUGUCAUCGUGGUGAAGCCAGCCACCCAAUGAGGUUGAAAGUGGAAAACAUCGGAAGAAGAAAAUUUGUGAAAUUGUAAACCUAACGAAACACUAGACCAAAAAAUUAAGCUAGUUGGGUAGUAACUGUGUGCGUGUGUGUGUGUGUGUAUGUGAUUGUUGCGUGUGUAUGUUUUUUGGCAUGGAUUUUCAAAGUGCAAUGGAAACCUUCGCCGAGGCUUGGGUGUCCGCGACCGCAGGAGCACAGGUACAGACGCAAGCCCUGGCCCUGACACGUCCCAAAUCCCCCAAGAAGGAAUCGUCCGUGCCCGUGUCCCCGUCGUCGAACGGUCGUGACCUGGAAAUGUCCAGCCCCAAGGGACACCACAACCAGCAGCAGCAGCAGCAGCACCAACAGAACCAGCCAAAUCAGCCGCAAACCCAACAGCAACAACACUCGUCGGACCACCACCAUCCGUCGUCCAACAGUGACAACCUGAACGGCAAUUCCUCCACCCCCCAUCAUCCGGCGAUCAGCGUGUCCCAGUCGUUGAUGGGAUCGGCGGCCGUGGCAGCCGCAGCAGCCAUCCGAUCGCUAACGCCCCGCAUCAGUGUGUCCAACUCGCUGACGGCGGAAAACGGCGCGAACAGUGCCAGCUGUAACGCCGGCAACGGACCAACGCCGGUUGCUCCACCGCCGCCGCCGCCGCCACCGCCGCACACCCCCAGCAGCAACAACGGCGGGCUGGCGGACCGAGUGCCCCAGUCACCGGUGGCCGCCGUUACGGCCGUGGCCGCAGCCAUGCAGGACCGGAAGGACUUUGACUUUAGCAAAGUGAACGGUGAGUGCACUUCAACGCGACCGACAGUUGCACAUCGUGACGGGCUAAUCAGUCCGGUUUCCGCCAAGUCCCUGCCCCUGCACUGCGUGGUCGAGUCCGUCAGCUCGCUGCAGGCGACGCUGAACUUUGACGCCCGCAGCCCCUGGAAGCGGCGCCCCAACAUCGAAACCGACAGCUACGUCAUCAUCCCGGCGGCCACCCCGUUCUGUGAUAUCGUGCAGACGGCCCUGCAGCGGCUCGGCUACUCGUCGGAGAUCACCAACGCUGCUAGAGGAUCGAUCUCCAUCAAGAACUGGAAGGCCCUCGCGCUGGACGCCAUCUCGGACAACCCGCUCGUCUCGGUCAACGACAUCCUCGGCGAGCUGACCUCGGUGGUCACGCUCAAGAUCACCAUCCUACGCCACAAGCCCUCCCAGCUGGCCGAGAUCAAGGAUAAGCUGCUCAAGCUGUUGAUCCUGCAGUCGCACGCCGUGCUCCGGUCCACCGGCUGUCCGCUCGAUGAGCUCACGUUGUCCCAGAUAUGCCGCAGUCCGCUGCAGAACACAUUCUCCUUCACGCCGGAAAUCACCGACGAAGUGCGGCGAAAGUUUGACCAGUGGUGGAGCAACCAGCUGGCACCGCAACCCAACCCGAUCGCCCACAAGAUCCUGCCGUUUGCGAAUGCCGCUGCCCAGCCAAAUGAUCUGGACUUUUCCAGCUUCAACAUGCACGAAAGUCGCGAAUCGUUGCUCGAGAGCCGUCCCAAUCCGCACCAUAACCUGGUGGUGCACCCGGCACUGCAGACCGUACAUUCCCAGUACCCCAACCAGAAGACUCGCAUGCGAACCAGCUUCGAUCCGGAGAUGGAACUGCCCAAGUUGCAGCGAUGGUUCCAGGAGAACCCGCACCCAUCACGUCAGCAGAUCCAGUCGUACGUCGUUCAACUCAACUCGCUAGACUCGCGCCGAGGUCGCAAACCCCUGGACGUUAACAACGUGGUAUACUGGUUCAAGAACGCCCGAGCAGCCCAGAAACGGGCAGAAAUGCGCCAAGGAAUGACCAACGGGUACGGCAACCCCAACAUGAUGCUCUCCCAGCCGGACUACAUGAAGAGUUCACCCUCGGCACCCUCCGAGGACAUCGACAACCUCUCGCAGGACGAAAUGGACGACGAUCUGGAUCGGCCAAUGUCCCCCCAGCUCCCACUCUCCCUCACAAUCCACGAACGCAACCGUCCCCUUACCCCAACCGAAGACACCCCCAUCAAGCAGGAGAACAUCCCCUCGUCAGUGAGUCCCCCACCCUCCCCACUCCCCCAAAACAACCUAAACUCCAGCAACAACAACAACCAAAACGAAUCGGCCAACGAAUCCACCGACCACCAGCACGACGGCCCAAAAUCAAACUACUCCAACGAGCGGUCCAGCUCGCCCCAGCGCUCACGCUCCCCAGCCUCCGAGGACCUGGACAUGGAAGACGCCGAAGGCAGCACCGUCGACGACUCGUACCGUUCCCCGUCGCCGGACUCCAAGCGGAACCUCCCGUUCGCCAUCAACAACCCUAUGUUUUCGCACUCGAUCAUGUACAUGAGUCACUACAUCCCGGCGAUGCAGGCCAACGCGGCCUCGAUGCACGGACUCAAGGCCGGCGAUCUCAGCCCGAACAACCACGCGGCGGCAGCGGCUGCGGCGGCCCUCGGUCAGGGUGGCCUCAAUCUGUCGUUUAACUCGGACGAGCGGAGGAAGCGGAAUCGGACGUUUAUCGAUCCGGUAACGGAGGUGCCCAAGCUGGAGCAUUGGUUCUCGAUGAACACUCACCCGUCGCAUAAUCUGAUCUUGAAGUAUACGGAGGAUCUGAACCGGAUGGCGUAUCGCCAAAAGUUCCCCCGCCUGGAGAGCAAGAACGUCCAGUUCUGGUUCAAGAACCGGCGCGCCAAGUGCAAACGUCUCAAGAUGUCCCUGUACGAUCCGGCCCAGCUGGCCGGACUGGCCGGCAUGGGUGGUGGCCUGGGCGGCGGCGGCGGUGCCGUGGACCACACGGGCGCCCUCGUCAACAGCCUGCACGACAGUCCCCACCUGGCCCAGCAACUGCACGAGGCGUCGGCCCAGCUGCACCAGUUCCACCACGAGCGGGAUUAGAUUUAGGGGGUUGUUUUAUUGUUUUUUUUUUUUGUUUUCGCUCAAUUUAAUUCGCUUUUAGGAGGUUCGCUUCGCGAACGAUUAAGCACUAUUAGAUAAACACAAUUUCAUACCAAAGAACGAACGAUUUCUCCCCAGUGAGGGGGCGUGUAAAUAGAGAAUUUAAAAGGGUAGAUAAUGUUGAUUUUAAAAAUGAAAGCAAAAGUAAGCUCCACUGAACGCAAGUAGUAGAACAAUACGUAUUUCAGCGCGCAGUUGUAAAUAUAGAAUAGGGUUGGUUUUACCACCUGUAAGAACUUUUAAUUAUUGCACCAGGUAGAAAAGAAAGCAUUCGUAAUACUUAUUAAAAUUAUUUCCGAAAGCGCUUGUACUGCUGCAAAUACAGCCUUUGUGAAAAUUGCAGACUUUUCCUCCCGCAGCAACGGGUUAGUUCCCACACAGAACGAGAGAGAGAGAGAGAGGGAGAGAUUGCGGUAUUCAAUUUGGCGGCUUCUCUGCUCACUCAGGCCAAGCCCAGGACACAAUUUUGUGCGUGCGUGAACGUUAUCAACGGUAAAAUGGAAUUACGCUUCUAAGUAUGUAAUUAUAUAAAUGGAAUGAAAAAUGAGGAUAUUUUCAAUAAGCACUUUCCCACCCAAACCACGGCUGACCGCCUCCCAUAUCAAAGAGUAGUGAGGUUGAAUGCCAGUUUCCAUCGAAAAAGAUGUCCUGGCCGAGGUCCACUCGUGUACAUAUCAGCAAAACCCGAACACAAAGAACACUUCCUCCCCCUCCCACGUGGCCACUGAAACAUAAAAUUUAUGAUUAUUUAUUAAUUAGUAGCGGAAAAUAGCUUCCACUCGCCCUCACUCCCCACUCAAAACUCUCCCAAUGUUGCCCAAUGAUGAUUAUUUUAGUUGGGAAACUUUUAUGAUCUCUCUCCCCCACCACCCAACUCGCUCCCUCUUCCCACCCACUCUCACAGUCCAUUGAACGUAAAACGAUUUACCCUCUCGUCACACGCCACUCCCACCCCCCCAAAACAGCAUUAAAGCCGUCAACAGGUAGUAAAAAUCACAUUCCAUUCACUCAACUGAUCGGUCAUCAUCAUUUCAUUUGGUGGCGUCGGGGCAGCGUCGACCAGUGUUGCCAGCAGCAGGUGAAAAUGAGCUUAUCGAAUCAGGCAAAAAUGUGUGCGUGUGUGCGUGCGCGUUCCACCAUUUUUCGCAUAAUCUGAUUGCAGCGCCAGCGGGCUCAUUAUCGCUGUAUGAGGCGCGUUCAACUGAAAAGUAAUAAGCUGAACUGAUUUUUGUUUUUUUUUUUUUUCCUUCCUGCUCCUCUAUCGGAAUAAGUUAUUACCCAGAAUUAAGCGCAGUCUACUCCACUCUAUUUAUGAUGAUUUAAAAUUAACCACAUUCGGGUUCGUUUUUGCUCUGUUAAAGCUCUUUCGUUGUCAAAAAUUUAAGCAAUUGUUUUCCUCCUAAAUUAAUUGUUGGUAUGAAAUACCCUGAGUUAUCGUAAGUUAUUGUUUGCAUUUAGAGACGACUGUGAAAUUAUUUGUAACAACUAAAAUAAACUAAAUUAAUCCACCCUGUAAAUAUUUAGGUACACGAAACGAACGUAGCGAGACACACUCCCACUUAAAGGUAAAAAAUAAAUUACGUAGAACAAAACAAAAACACUAACCUGUUUCAAAACGAUUACAACACAACAAACACACACAUUGAUAUCAAAAGUAGACGGUAAGAUUUUAAAUUAAUCGAGGCAUAGAAUUCACCUAGGAAAUAGUUCCGAUAAGCAAAGCAUGCGAGCUGCAGGCUGCAGAAGCAGUGAUUUAGAGAAGAUGAAGAAGUAAGCUAACUGUUAAGGCUAAACUCAUUGUAAUUAUUAUUAUUCACAAUAAAAAAACUUCCGCAA